AUGCACACCGUCUUUCGCAUUGCUGAAGUGCGAAAAAUUGACAACAAUCGUGCACUUUAUCAAGUGGACCUUAAACUUACGUCACAUGAUGAUCCACAACUUCGUGAAUUAACUGACUAUAUUCGAGAAGAGGUUGACGAUGUCGGUUGGUAUCGAAUGGGUAAAUUGUUACUCAAAAUAGGUCAAUUCGACAAGGCCGAAGAACUAUAUAUGGCACUAUUGGAACAGGCAUCGAAUGAUAGUGAUAGAGCACACAUCUAUCACCAGCUUGGAGUGAUGAAAUACAGCCAAGGACAAUACGAAGAAGCAGUUGCAUUUUACGAACAAUCUCUGAAAAUCAAGCGAAAAACUCUUCCGGAAGAUGAUCCUUCAUUAGCUCCUACGUACAACAACAUCGCUGCAGUGUAUAAUAACAUGGGUGACUACUCGAAAGCACUUGAAUUUUACGAAAAAUCACAUAAAAUUAAAGAAAAAGCUCUGCCUUCGAAUCAUCCAGAUUUGGCUACUUCAUACAGCAACAUCGGUCAAGUCUAUAAUAACAUGGGUGACUACUCGAAAGCACUUGAAUUUUACGAAAAAUCACAUAAAAUCUACGAAAAAGCUCUGCCUUCGAAUCAUCCCUCAUUGGCUAUUUCCUACGGUAGAAUCGGUCAAGUGUAUAGUAACAUGGGUGACUACUCGAAAGCACUUGAAUUUUACGAAAAAUCACAUAAAAUCUUCGAAAAAGCACUGCCUUCGGAUCAUCCUGAUUUGGCUACUUCAUACAGCAACAUCGGUCUAGUCUAUAAUAACAUGGGUGACUACUCGAAAGCACUUGAAUUUUACGAAAAAUCACUUAAAAUAAGAGAAAAAGCUCUGCCUUCGAAUCAUCAUGAUUUGGCUACUUCGUACAACAACAUCGGUCUAGUCUAUAAUAACAUGGGUGACUACUCGAAAGCACUUGAAUUUUACGAAAAAGAUCUAGAAAUCACAAAAAAAGCUCUGCCUUCGAAUCAUCCAGAUUUGGCUACUUCAUACAACAACAUCGGUCAAGUGUAUAAUAACAUGGGUGACUACUUGAAAGCACUUGAAUUUCACGAAAAAUCGCAUAAAAUCUUCGAAAAAGCACUGCCUUCGGAUCAUCCUGAUUUGGCUACUUCAUACAGCAACAUCGGUGAAGUGUAUAAUAACAUGGGUGACUACUCGAAAGCACUUGAAUUUUACGAAAAAACACUUAAAAUCGACGAGGAAACUCUCCCUCCGAAUCAUCCUGAUUCGGCUACUUCAUACAGCAACAUCGGUCAAGUGUAUAAUAACAUGGGUGACUACUCGAAAGCACUUGAAUUUUACAAAAAAUCACUUAAAAUAAGAGAAAAAGCUCUGCCUUCGAAUCAUCCCUCAUUCGCUACUAGUCACUUGAAUUUUGCAGCAUGUUACGAAAAAAUGGGUGAUUACACAACAGCUCUUAAAGCCCUUCAAAAUGCCUAUCAAAUUCAGCAAAAAGCUUUUGAAGAGGGUAAUCCAGCUUUUUCUUUUACCUACAGUAGAUUAGGAAGAGUUUAUCGCAGUAUGAAAGAUUAUUCAAAGGCACUAGAGUAUUUUGAAAAGUGGCUCGCAAUAGAUAAGAAAACACUACCUGAAAAUCAUCCAUAUUUUGGUAUAUCAUACAGUAAUAUUGGUGAUGUUCAUCGAUUAAUGAGUGAUUAUGAAAAGGCAAUUUCAUUUCAUCGAAAAGCAUUAAAUAUUCAAGAAAAUGUUCAAUGUGAUCCUCUCGAAUGUGCAACGACAUAUAUAAAUUUAGGUGAAACAUAUCGUCAAAUGAAAGAUUAUACAACGGCAUUGACAUAUUAUCAAAAAGGAUUAGAAAUACGUGAAAAUAAACUACCAAAAAGUCAUCCUGAUUUAGCUGUAGUAUAUCACAAUUUGUCAAAAUUAUAUUUAUCUACUCGACAAUAUAAUAUGGCAAUGAAAAAUGUUCAAGAAGCCAUAGAAAUUGCUCAAGAGAAAUUACCUUCAAAUCAUCCUUAUAUAUUGGAAUAUAAAGAAACAUUUGAAAAAAUUCGAAAGAAAAUGUAA